GUCUAUGGUUGAGCCGAAUGACAGCGCCGUGCCUCAGCAGAGUAUAUACAAUACAAAUGGGAACUAUAUCCAGUUGACGCACUGUAGCUACAUCAUUUUGUGGCAGACCAGUUUUGAGAGGACCUCUUUCAUUCUAAACCGAACUGUGACUGACCGAAGUGAACUUAGGACGGAAAGAGUUAGGGGUUUAGUCACGAAUGUCUUUCGACUCAGCGGGCAGCGACAGAGGCGGAGCAGAGGCUGCGUGGAUCAUGCACCAGCAGCAGAUGCAGUCCGAUCCCAAGGCAUCUUGGCCUUCCAGCUACAACUCAGACAACAAUAACUGGAACAACGGCAUGGAAUCUCAGUAUCCCGGCUACUCAAAUUAUUGGUAUCCCCAGUCACAAACGGCAGCACCUUAUGGCAGCACGUACCCCUCUGGAACAGAGGUCAAUGGACACGCGUCAUACAAUCCCCAGGCAAUGUCAGCCUAUCCCAAUGGGGUGUACAAUCCAGGACAGUACUCCUCGAGUAUGCUCCAUCCCUCCAACCCCUUCUACUGCAGUGACCAGGUUCCUUCAAGACCGCCUCAGUAUCAUGGCCAGACCUGCCCUGAGCAAAAUGCAGGGGGUUCAGCUCCUCCCCCCUACCCAGUACCUCACUGCCAAGGGGCCCCUGGCUACCCAGCAGGAUCAUACCCACACUAUGGAGAAGGAUGCCCUCCGAAUGCUCCCUACCCCAACCAGCAGCCCAUGCUCUCGAGACCCCAGCACGAGGCCUGGUCCCACUCUGGAGGGUACGUGCACACACCGCCCCAACAGCAAUGGCCGCCCAAUACCCAGACACCACAUGGCCACUAUAACCAUGUACGACCACCUCACCCUCCACCAUGGCAAGGACCCGCACCACCUCCAUAUGAGCACAAGGAUCCACCAUAUCACAGUCAGCCUCAUAUGCACCCUCGAAACCAGCCUCCAGGCCCCAAACAACGAGCCAGCACUCCAAAUCCAACUCCACCUCCACCCAAAGCUGCCCAGUUCAGCGCUCCGCCUCAAAUCUACAACAAGGCUCCCUCCGGAUGUGCAGGACCCGAGCCAAAACCAGCCCAGAAUGAUCAACCUCCAACGUCUUCCCGCCAAGGAUCGCCCACUCCUGCCCCAUUAAGCGAUAAUCCCAGCCUGGCUCGAGUUCAGCAGGUUCUGGCCAAAGUUCAGCUCCUCCAAGAGGACGUGGAUGAGUUUGUAGGGAAAAAGACGGACAAGAGCUACCGGUACCUGGAGGAACUUUUGACAAAAGAGCUGCUGGAAUUGGACUCGGUGGAGACCAAAGGGCAGGACGUCGUUCGUCAGGCUCGCAAAGACGCCGUCCAGAAGAUCCAGGCCAUCUUGGACCGCCUUGAGAAAAAGGCUUUCUAAUAACAGAGUGGAUUAAUUACGAUGGUUCUGGUUUUUCUUUUUUUUUAUGAUAUCUUCUCAUGAUAACAGAUUAGGAUUUUCACAGUGGCCAGUUAGUUUGCCAGCAUUAACUUUGUGUGUUUUGGGGUCAUUUACCCUACUGAUGGUAAUGAAUUAGUUGAAAUACAGGCGCAAAAUGUCCUAUUCAUUGCAGUGCCAUACUCAAACCAGCCUUCUGUCAUCCAGCAAAGAGCAGCGGCAGUCUGAUAUCUGCUCAGAAUUAAACAUAAGUCUCUUUGCAUAACACCAUCUUAAGACUUUCUUUUUUUUUUUUUUUCUUGAUCCUAGGCAGACUGAAAGGAUAAAACAGAGCUAAUUCAACCACAUUUUAAUACUUCCAUGGGUUUUUGGUAGCACAACUUCUCAAAAUCAGAACCUUUUGCACUUGGGAUAUUGUUUAGCACUGCUAUUACACCAAUACAUUCUUGAUUUUAUUGUAAAAUAUCUUGUUAUAUCUUAUUCACUCAAUUUAAUUUCACCAGUUUUCUGUUCAUCAGUUCCAUUCAGUCACAUUCCUCAUGGAAAUUAGUCAAAUUUCAGCAUCAAAAAGGUCCAUUUUCCAAUGCAUGCAAUGCACAAUUUCUGUUGAUUAAUGUUUAAAUUCCCAAUCUUGGAGAUUCCUACUGAAAUUAUUGGAUUUCACAGAAAAAAUGUCAUAACAGUAAAUGUGACUGGACUCUUAACUGAUUACACAUGCCAGUUUUUGAUUCAGAUCGUGGUUCGGUCUCGUCCAAACUGAGUAUUACAAACCCAAAUCUUGGACGGAUCUCCGUCCAACUCUCACACUGCAAUUGGAGCCAUAGUUCAUGUCUCGUUACUCUUUUUCCAGGCCUCAUCUGGAUUUCAAAGACCCCUUAAAUUAAGAAAUGGCAUUUUUUGGAUUUUAGACCAUAUUUGUUAGCUUUGAGACCAUCUUCAUGUUAGUAUACUAUUAAAAGUUGACAAACCUUCACUACCACUUGCCUCUAACAAGCAAUAGUGAGUAGCAAAUCAUGGUUUUCCAAGGCUUCGAUGUAUACUAGGCUAUUUUAUAAAAAGACAAACUCUUGAUAUGUUGAAAAAUGCAUUCAUCAAACCAUUGGUGCAUGGUCAAUGAAGCCUGCACUUACUUCAUCUGCUGUGGUCACUUCCUUUGAUUGUUUACCUGUAUCUCAAAUCAUUCUUUAGUACAAGUCUUAGUGUUAACAUGAUUGUUUACAGCCUGCAGUUCAGAGGACUUUUGGCUAUUUUUUGUUUGUGUGACUACUGAUCUGUAGCUGAUUCAAUGCAUCUGUGUCAAGUGUUCAGGUGGCAGAAGCCCUCUGUCGGCCUGUAUACAGUCAAACAGAGGGCCUUUUUUUAAAAAAGACAAAGAAAUAAUGUACAGUUUAUAUCUGAAGGACUGGAGCAGGGAUGUGGAUUAUAGACAGAACAUCAGCACUUCUCCAUGGAAUAAAAGUUCCCUUUAACUUCAAUACAUUUAAUACUUUGCACCAAAGUCACUGACAUCAUGGACCGUUCAACAGGUCUUCCUCUUACCACACGGAUUAUAUGUCUGUUUUGUAACCGGGAAAAACAGUGCCAUAAUAUCAGCAGGUGCUUUUUCAUACCACAAUUGAGAAGUAUCUCAAAUACAAAAAACUGCAAAUCAACUGAGCUCUGCAUGAAGUCUCGGAUUCCAUGUUUAUCUUUACUGUAUGUGCUUUUCUCUCUCUCUUUCUGUAAAUGUUCUCUUAUGUAUACCUGAAAUUGUUUAUUAGAUUAAUCUUUACAGGAAAAAAGAAAAGUAUAUUUGUAUAACGAAUAUAUUGAAAACACAAAUCCCAAGCAAGGACCAAAAGCCUGCCUGCUGAAGUCCCCAUGUAAUGCAUGUUUUCGAACACAAGCAGGGACUCUUUCUCUAUCAUGUUGUAGGACUGAAUAAAGGUCAACUGACUGUAGGGUCUCAUAUUAAAAAUCAACACAUUCAAUUCAA